UUUCAGUGGGUCCAUUAAGUACAUUUACACGCCUGCAGAGUACUGCGAAGUCCAGAUUUGCAUUCCCCGAUGCCGUGAUGAAUACAUCUUCUGGGCUGUGCAGAUAUUGGAGUAAACUAGAAGUGUCAUUGUCAUAGCAGCUCUACAGAAAACAACAAAUGAAAGACAUUCUAUCUUGAAGAUAUAAGGAUAUGCCAGAUCAAGUUUUUGAUGCUUGAGUUCUGAAGACUUUUGCAAGAUAGUGGACCAUGCCUUUUCUGACGUUUCCCUAAUAUCGAGCAAGGUGAAGAAAUGGAUGAAGAAAGUGAAAAAAUCCUUGACAUGUGGUCUAAUACAAUUUUGACCAAUUGCACCGGUGAUGGAGAGCCUACCAAAUGUAGCAUGGGCUCUGAAAACCUAAGUGGCAGUUAUAGUCCCUUGAAAAGGAAGGUCAUGAGCAGUGGCAUUUGUCCUAAAAGACUACGAUUGUCAGAGGAAGAUGAAACAAGCACAAGCUUUGAAUGCAACAUUGCAAGCUCUACUUUUGACACUUUAAUCAAUUUCAGUGAUUCAGAUAAUGCUAUUGAUACCACACAUACUUUUACUUUACGCAAUCAGCAUUGCACUCCAUCCUGGGCAUACACAGUUACUGGAACAGAAAUGGAUAAUGCACUUUCUACAGAGUAUUAUUUUACAGGUAAUCAACUACUAAAUCUACAUGAUAAAAGCUAUGGUCCAACUGGAAAAACAAAUAGUGAGUCAGAAGAGGAUAUAAAUGAGCAAAAAUCUACAUCAUGUUCUACAUCCAUUGAGCAGCUUGUGCUUUAUAAAGAAAACCAAAGUUCUUCUUGGAGUAAAAUUAUUAAAGAAAAUAAGGAUACUGCUACUGUAAAAACUUUUCACAUCUCUGCUUGUUUUGACAAUCACAAAAUCGAAGACUGCAAUCAGAGUGAGCACAGAGAUAUUAGAAAACAGAGUGAUUCUUUAUUAAGUACACAAAUGGUUUCUUCUCCAAGUGAUCCACAGAAUUUUCAAAAUAUUCCAGAUACAGUUUGCUGUUCAGUGCUAGAUGCAACACUGGAAGGCCAAGUCCAGACUUUCAAAGCCCACUCCUCAAAUAAUGUUGUGGAGUUACAGAAAUAUAAAGAGGACAGAGAUGAGAAAUGUAAUCUGACUAAGCUGGAAACAGAAUCUGAUGGACAGGUUAUGGUGGAAAACCAGUUUGAAAAUAAUGUAUGUAAGAAAGAGAAAUCUGAUUUUUCUGAACUGUAUAUAGAAAAAGCAUUCACCACUCACUUGGAGUCUGAAAAUCAGAAAGAUGUACAUUAUAAUGGGCACCCUUUUGAACAAAAAGUGAAAAAGGAGACUGUUUCUGAUGAUACAUUGAAUAUGAUGGUAGAGCCAAUGAAGCAAAUUAGUGAGAUGAAAAGUGAGCUGUUCAAGCAAGAAACGGAAUACACCACAUUAACUUCAAAAAUUGUGACUAAAGACCAGCCUUCUUCAAGUGCUUACCAUAAUGACAAAUGGGAAGAUAAGGAAUGCAAAACUGAAAAGACUGAUUUAUCUGAAUAUGGAUCCAGCAAUGCAUUAUUCAUUCCCCUAAAUACUGAAAACCAUAAAGUUGAAUUAGAAAGUCAGGAUAAAUUGGAAAUAAAAAGUGAAUGUGAUGAUGUUGCUGUUGCACUGGGGAUCUCCAAUGCCAUUCCUACAGCCUCUUUUCCUGUAUUGUCUUUACCAGCUUGUAAAGAGAAUAACUUGGAUGUUAAAUUGAGCUAUAACAAUACAGCUGCCUGUUCUGUAGAGAUGAAGUGUGCCAAUUUGAAGUGCCAGGGCCAAACUAUGCAAUCAAAUGUGAAAAAGGAGACAACUUCUACUGACUUGGAGAUAAAGCUACAGCCACAGAAACAAAGUAGUGAGAACAAAUGUGAACUGAUUAAGCAAGAAAUGGAAGAGAAUGCAUCAGCUUCAAGGCAAUCUUGUUCUUUGCCUGUCUCCCACAGUGAGCAAUGCAAGAAUAAUGAAUGCAAGAUUGAGGAAAGUUCACAGCUAUUCAAUUCCUCUAAGAAUGCACCUGUAAAUUCUUUAUUUUGUGAAAAUGAGAAAGGCAACCUAAGUAAUCAGGUUAAAGAAGAAAUUAAAGAAGAGGAUGGCUCUGUUGAUAUAGGCUUAGGUAUCCCCAAGAAAAUUACGAUGUCUCCUGAAGAUGAGUUGUUGGAGUUCAAACAAAAACAUCUGGGUGCAGUGUCCUGUCCUGUGGUGGUAGGACAUACCUCGCCACAGUGCCAAACCCAGGUUCUUACUCAAAAACUAAAGCAGGAGUCUGUCGCUGAUGACGCAUUGAAUAACGGAUUAGUUCCUCCUCAGACUGUCUUAGAGUCACUUGUCCAGGAAUUACAAAAACUUCAACAAAGAAAUGAGAAUAAACAGGAUCAGAUCAAACAGAUAAGGGCAAAUACAGGUUUAAAAAUUCAUGUUGAAAAUGAAGCUAUUGCUGGUUCUUUUGAAUCUUCUCAAUAUGACCAGUGUAAAAAUCAUGUGAUAUACAAUCUGGAUGACUCUGGAGUGAUGACAAAUAAUAUAUGUUCCACACUUUCAAAUAAGAGAGAACAUCUGGUCAGACCGGGUGACAUUAAGGUUGAAAAUGAGAGUGGGGAGGUUACUGUGUGUUUGAGAGGGCCAAGUCCAGCCACUGUGUGUCCUGUUCUUCAAUCUUCUGUGAAAAUUGAACCUCAAAAUUUUCAAGGCAGUGCAGCAGAGAUUGAAGCAAAGGUUCCUAAUACACUUUACUUUUCUGCAUCCUUAAAAUGUUCUCAAAACCAGAGUCUCCAACAUGAAGGAAAGAAUGAGUCUGUCAUGAAUGAAUCAUCAAAUAUAGAGGGAACUGCUGCACAACCAGGCACGGAUUCACUUGUUUUACAUGCUAAAGGAGCUCAACACAGUGGACAGGGGAAACAGAAAUGUGAACAUAUUAGUUUAAAUACAGCUGCAGAUGAAGAAAUAUCUUCUGCAUAUAAUGACCAUAAUGUACAAUGCAACUGUAAUUUAUACAACAAAGAAACUUUGAAUGACUCUAAAAUACAGACAAAUGUCAUUUGUACACCUUUAUUAUUUGACAAUGAAAAGGAACAACAAUACAGCUUGGGUUCAGUGAAAAUUAAACAAGAGAGUGAAUGUGUUGCAGUGAAUUCUGAAAUUCCUAAUCCAGGUCCUACCAUGCCUAUGUCUGAUUUAUAUUUACAAGUUGAGCAGCUAAAAUGGCAACCUAUUGUUGAUAUGAAUAAAAAGAACAUCCUGCACCCUCAGCACCACCAAUGGGAUAUAUCUCUUGCAAACAUAAAGAGAAAAAAGUGUGUUACAAAUGAUGCAACUCUCUCAUCUGAUUUGUUGACCUCUUCUUAUGAACAGCAGAGCAAUGUGCAUUUAAGUCAAGAGGAUGGUAAAAUAAUUAAGAAAGGAAGUAGCACAUUGUCAGCUCCACUACGUGCAAAGGAAGAAUCCACAAAUAAAUCUGUUUUGGAAAUACGGAGUGACAAACAAACGCUGAAUGUCGGUUCAGGUGGUAGUUUCCAACAUCCCGUGGAUCCAAGUUUUAAUAAAGCUAUUCUUCAUAUACAAAGGAGAGAGCGACCCUUUUUUCAGAACUGUGAGUUCUGUUGUAAUUUUAAUUUUAAAAGUUUGGCUUUCUUGAAGUCUUUUUCUCAGCUCUAUUUAGCUGUUCACCAGACAUUCCAGGAAGUACUUGAUCAUGCAAAGCCUGACUUAAAGGAGGAUGAUUAUGUUCAGCUUGACCUCUGUACUGAAUCCCAUAAAGAUUCCAUGAUUACUCAAGGACACACUGCUGACGUGAAUGUGAGCACAUUUUUAAACAAGGUUGCAGAUAAAUUACCAGCUACCAAAGAUAUAUUGGCAUGUGAAAAUCUGUCUCUCACUUUACAAACUGUAAGCAAUCUAAGAGGAGGAUCAGGAAUCGGUUCACAACUUAAUUAUGUAUUGCCCCGUAAUAUACUUCGUAAGAAAAGAAGAUGCAUGUUUAUUUUGAACAACCAAGGCAAUAAUUUGUGCUUCGCAGCUACAUUGAUUGGGCUAAUGGAUCUGCAAAAUGCAAGAAUUGAUAAAAUAAUGAAAGAAGCGGUGGAGCUCCAUAAACAGCUUAAUUUACCACCUCAACACAUGGUAAGCUUUUCGGACAUUGCUAAAUUUGAGGAGUUGCUUGACAUUAAGAUAAGAGUUUACUAUAAUGGUCCAGAUCUCCAAGAGUUUGAAACUUCUCCCGCUCCUCAUCCACGUACAUAUUUCAUGUAUUUACAGAACAACCAUUAUUAUGGUAUAACAAGUCUAAAGAGUUUCCUUGGUGCAAAACAAAUGUGUCGGUCAUGUCACCGUCCUACAACAAAUACUCACAAAUGCAACUCGAUCUGUAAAGUGUGCCUGUCUUCCACAUGUCAGCAAGUCAAAAAUGAAAGGGUUUCUUGUAAAGAUUGCUAUCGUACAUGCAGAUCUCGCUUGUGCUACAUUCGCCACAAACUGCUGCAGAGUGAUGAGAAAAAUCAAGAACCAACACCAUCUCCAUGUGAUUCUGUAGUAUACUGCAGGGAGUGUCGUAACCCUAUUAACUUGACUCCAGGUGUUAAGGCACAUCAGUGUCAAAUGGUGACAUGUCAUGGUUGUGGCGAACGAUCUCGAGAUGAAAAGCACAGAUGCUUCCUUUCAGAACUAAAGCCUGAACCAUUAACAAGCAAUUAUAUAUUUUUUGACAUUAUAUGCAGACCAGGUCGCAUUCCUUGUUAUAUUUAUGCUCUUUCUAUAGAUAGUACAGUGGAGAAGGCAUUUUAUGGCAAUGAUUGCAUUGCACGGUUUUGUACGUUUUUUAUAAAAAGUCGCUUUGAAGGCUAUACUUUCCUUGCACAUAACUGUAAAAACUUUGAUGGUGACCUGAUUUUGAAUUUCCUUGUUCAGAAUCAUAUUAAAUGUGAAUAUUUCAACCUAGGAACUAGUUUCAAAGGGUUUACAGUGCUUUUAACAAAAAUCAGAUUCAUCAAUACUUACUGCUUUAUGCCAAUGAAAUUAAGAGCAAUGCCAAAAGCAUUUGGCUUUAAAAUGUUCAGAGGUUACUUUCCACACUACUUCAAUACACCUAUCAAAGAGAACUACUGUGGGCUUGUUCCACCCAUCCAGUACUAUGGACAGCGGCAUUUGGUUGGAGAAGAAAGUAGUUGUUUCCUUCCGUGGUAUAAAUUACGAAGGAGCACUGGAUUUAACUUGCUGAGUGAAAUGAAAAAAUACUGCAAGAAUAGUGUUGAUAUGCUGCUGCAAGCAUUAUUGUGUUUCAGAAAUGUUUUCUCAGAUGGGAAAGACAUUGAUCCUUUUAAAUUUGAAAACAUUGGAAAUGCUGCAAUGGCUUUGUUUCGAACAAUUUUUUUUCCAAAGAAUACAAUUCCCGUAAUACCUUUUGACAUCUACCGUAGAGAAUAUCGCUAUUUUCAAGCUGCCAACAUUCAGUGGUUAGAGUAUGUUUCUGCUGUGGAGGGAAUCAAAAUUCAGCAUGCUUUGAAUGCUGGUGAAAAACAAUUUGGUCCUUAUUUUGUAGAUGGAUUUGCAACUAUAGAUGGUGAAGAUAUAUGCUUUUUAUACUGUGCAUGUUCCAUAUAUGGCUGUCCUGAAUGCUUAAAGAAUAUCAGCAGGAGGUCUUGUGCUCGAUACAGUAAAAAGUAUGAGGAUUUGCAGGAAAAAAUCUCUUACCUUAAAGGACGUAAUCUUCAGAUCCGUAUUAUGUGGGAACACGAGUGGCUCGAACUGAAACAAGAUCCCAAGAUGCGUCCUUUUCUGAAAAAAUAUCCAGAUCCAUUUGAUCCAUGGGAAUCCAUUUAUGGAAAUCGGGCAGAAGCUAUCUGUUUGCUAUACAAGAUACAACCAGAUGAGAAAAUUAAAUAUUUUGUUUUCAAUGACCUCUUGAUGUCUGUAUAUAAGACAAAAAGCUUUCCUGCUGGUCACCCGGUCAUUAUCCGCGAAAACUUUGAUGAUCUCAGUGAGUACUUCGGCUUUGCCAAGGUCACAAUAUUCCCACCAAAGAAACUACUUUUUCCAGUGUUAGGAACUUGUCUCAAUGGGCACAUACUCUUUUCAUUGUGCAGGACUUGUGCUGAAAUGAAGCAAACAGCAAUCUGCACCCAUGAGGAUGAACAGCGAUCUUUAACAGGAAUAUGGUCUACAGUUGAACUGUCAAAAGCUCUGGAAUGUGGAUACAGGGUUGGCAAAGUUUUUGAGGUGUGGCAUUUUGAGAAAAGGUCAACUAAGUUAUUUGAACGUUAUAUCAAGAGAAAUAUGAAGAUUAAACAAGAAGCACAAGGAUUUCCAAAUUGGUGCAACAAUGAUGAACAGAAAGAUCUGUAUGUGAAAAAGUAUUUUGAUGAAGAAGGUGUAAAGCUGGAGACGGAUAAUAUAAAAAUGAAUCAGGGUUCCUACAAAGUUUCUUCAUUGCUGCUAGAUUCCCUUUGGGAGGAGUUUGGAAGUAGUGCUGUUAAUUUUCGAAGCAGCAUUGUUACAAUGUCACAGGAGCUUGAUAAGCAUAUUUUUUCAAAAUAUCUCCGUGUCUUGAAUGUGAAUUUCUUUAAUGAGACAACCGCUUAUGUACAGUGGCACUAUGAUUCAGACACUAAAAAAUUCCCAACAAAUAUAUUUUUGGCCUCUUUUGCCUCAGCCUAUGUACAUUUAGAGCUGUACAGUGUAUUGGAGAACUUACAGGACAGAUGUCUAUAUUUUGACACUGACACAAUUGUGUUUGUCAGUCGCCCAGGCUCAUGGGAGCCACCGCUAUCAACAAAACUUGGAAGUUUUUCUAGCAGAAUAAAGAACGAGGACCAUAUAAUUGAGUUUGUAUCAGCAAACCACAAAACCUAUGGAUAUAAAACUUUCAAAGGAGAAGCAUACAUGAAAGUGAAAGGUUUUGCUUUUGAGCAUGCCAGUUCUGACCAGGUGAACCUUGCGUCAAUAAUUGACCUUGUUAAGACAGACGUGUUUAAACUUGGGCCUGAUAACAAGAAUACAAAUCAAAAUAUGGUAAAAGGAGUUCAGCCUGAUUUUAAUAUUGUUUUUGACAAACGAGUUUUGAAUUCAGAUCAUUUUACUUUGCCAUAUGGAUACUGAUAUCAUUUACCUUCUAAAUUAUGACUUACAGUCAAGAAUCUUUACUGUACACAAGUUUCUCAACUGCAAAAAGGAAUCGCAAUGCUAGAAGAUGGCCAGUUGUGGAUGGGGAGAAGGCAUUUCAAAAUGAUGAUAAAAUGACUGGUUUUAGUACACAGAAUAGUAAAGGUGAAAGGUAUAAUUCUUGAUUUUAAAAUCUUUUUAAAAUGUUUGUAUAACAUCAUGUUUUAAUAUGUAAUUGAAAUUUAUAUAGUUUCAA